AUAAUUUAAACGAAAGCAUUAUUAACUAAAUUAUUAUGCGAAGUAAAUUAAUGCAUAGAUGAUAAAACAAAUAUUUGAAAGCAGUGCGUUUGGCUCCACCUACUGACUCAAGCGCACAUGUGCAGCUGCAGCUCGUCAACAUGGCGGCACCCAUUUCUUUCCAACAUCAGGAUUGAAUAGGGGUCGGGUUUAACAAACCCUGUUUGAAGUAUUUAAUAAAGAACUCUGCCAGUCGAUGGUAUUGUCGUACUAACGGCUGUGAUGUCCAGACUUGGCAUAGUGUUUGGGGGUUCUCGUGGCAUUGGACUAGCGGUUUCUCAGCUGUUAGCACAGAGGGGUCACAGGGUUGUAGUGGUGUCAAGGAAUAAGGAAGCAGCACAAACUGCUGCUGAAUCUCUCCCUGGAGGGGAGCAUUUGGGCCUUAGUUGUGAUGUAUCUAAAGAAGAGGAAGUUCAGAGAACAUUUGAGGUCAUCGGUAAGACAUACGGCACAGUUGGAUAUCUGGUUAAUGCGGCUGGCAUCAACAGAGAUGCAUUGUUAUUAAGGAGUAAAUCUGAAGAUAUGGUGUCUGUUUUGCACACCAACCUGCUGGGCUCAAUGCUCACAUGCAGAGCAGCUUUACGGAGCAUGCUCAGCCACGGAGGAGCUAUUGUCAACAUAGGCUCUUUGGUGGGUGUGAAAGGUAAUGCCGGUCAGUGUGUGUACAGUGCCAGCAAAGCAGGCCUGGAGGGCUUAACACGCUCCUUAGCCAAAGAAGUGGCUGCCCGAAAUAUACGAGUCAACUUGGUGGCUCCAGGAUUCAUCCAGACAGAUAUGACUGCAGGGCUGGAGAAGGAAGAAUUGGUGAAGAGAAUUCCACUGGGCCGGUUUGGGGAGCCAGCAGAGGUUUCGCAGGCUGUCCUUUUCCUCCUGGAGUCCCCUUAUAUCACAGGACAGAUUUUGAUAGUUGAUGGAGGUCUACAGCUGGCCAUGUAAUGAUUCCUGACAUCAACCCACAAGGAGAUUUAUGUAUGGGAUGGUCCACCAGAAACACCACUUGUUUGAAGAAGCAGUGUUGUCUGCAAGAGAGAGUUAUAGCUGUAAGGUCUCUCUGAGGUGUGAGAGAUCAGUCUCUGGCUUUAACCAAUGAUUUGACACUUGUGUGUGUUGAACAUAAAUCAUCACCUGGCAGUAAUUCGAGGAGGACAAAUGGAGGCCAUACAACCAUUUCACCUUUGCUCAAUCAGUGUCUUAGUACGAAACUCUUAUCUGAAGUUGCGCAAGAUGUGAUUGUAUAUAAAGAAAAUAAAGUCAUUUUAUUGCUU